CUCUAUGGACAAGUCUUUCGACGGCGGCCGCUUGAGGUCAAUCGCAUUGGAACGCGAGAGAAAAAUGGCAGCCUCCUUAGAAGUGUGCCAUGUAGCUUGUUCCGCUAACCGUGCCGGCCCCGGAGUGAUUUCUUGGGGUAGAGGAACUCUAUUGGCGUUCGGGUCUUGUUGCUCCGUUAUCCUCUAUGACCCACAGAAAAGAAAAGUAAUGGGAACACUGAAUGGUCAUACUGACAGAAUUAAUUGUGUUAAAUGGAUUCACAGAAAAGAUGGAUCUUAUGAAACGGAAUUAAUAUCUGGCGGGUCAGACAAAGUUCUUAUUCUUUGGGAAAUUCAAAAUGAGAAGCUUGUGAAUGAUGUCCACCUUGAAGGUCACACCGAAGCAAUUUGUGCAUUAGAUGCCAUUUACAUGAGAAAUGAAAACACAGUAGGAUCAAGCUUACUAAUAGCUUCUGCAGCUUCAGAUUCUACUGUCAAAAUUUGGUCCAGAGAAAGAACAGAAGUUAAGUGCCUUCAGACAUUGAUGUUUGGAAAUGGAUUUGUUAUGGAUGUUUCAUUGUCCUUCCUGCCAGGCAAUGACAUACUGGUACUGGCUUGUGGUGGUGAUGACUGCAGAAUUCACUUAUACGUGCAACAGGCUGGAGAGUUUCAGAAAUCUUUACUACUAUAUGGACAUGAAGACUGGAUAAGAGGAGUUGAAUGGGCAUUUUGUGAUGGAGAUCUGUAUUUGGCAAGCUGUGCUCAGGAUUGUCUGAUAAGAAUCUGGAAGAUGCAUGCAACUUCAUUGUUCGGAGAAAUCCAAGAUGAGGACACUAUUAGAUUGAAAGAGAAUGUUUUCACCAUAAAAAAUAACAAUGGUGUAGAUAAAUCCUUUGCAGUUAGCUUGGACUCAGUGCUAGCUGGCCACGAAAACUGGGUAUAUGGUGUUCAUUGGCAACCACCAUAUUUCAAAGAUGGCAGGAUGGAACAGCCUAUGAGGUUACUGUCUGCUUCAAUGGACAAAACAGUGAUCCUGUGGUCUCCAGAAGAUGAAUCUGGAAUGUGGUUGGAACAGGUCCGAAUAGGAGAAGUGGGAGGAAAUACACUUGGAUUUUUUGACUGUCAGUUCAGCCCAGACGGAUCAAUGAUUCUUGCUCAUGCUUUCCAUGGAGCCCUUCAUCUUUGGAAACAAACUUCUGCAGACAAGAGCGAAUGGACUCCAGAAGUGAUGAUUUCAGGGCAUUUUAACUGUGUCCAAGAUGUGAAGUGGGAUCCAGAGGGAGACUUUAUAAUUUCUGUCGGUUCUGACCAAACCACAAGGAUAUUUGCUCCAUGGAAAAGAGAGAACAACUUGGAGGUGUCAUGGCAUGAAAUAGCAAGACCCCAAGUCCAUGGGUAUGAUAUGCAGUGCAUAGCCCUGACAACACGGUUUCAGUUCGUAUCUGGAGCAGAUGAGAAAGUGCUUCGUGUGUUUACUGCACCUAGAAAUUUCAUCGAGAACUUCAGCAGUAUUUGUGGAAUAUCUCUGGAGAAAUUAUAUUGUGAUCAAAUGGUGGAUCUUCCAGAAGGGGCUACCGUACCAGCCUUAGGUUUAUCUAAUAAGGCUGUCUUUGAAGCUGCAGAUACAACAGCUCAAACAACUGAAGAAGAAUAUCUCAGUAAUGCUUCCAGACAGUACCGUGAAAAUUAUUUUCAGCCAUGUAGUCUUUCAGAACCUCCCACAGAAGAUCAUCUCUUGCAGAAUACACUAUGGCCCGAAACUCAAAAGUUAUAUGGACAUAGUUAUGAAAUUUUUUGUGUUGCCUGCAAUAGUGCAAGCACUAUGAUAGCCUCUGCGUGUAAGGCUUCUAAAAAAGAAUAUGCAGCCAUUAUUUUGUGGAGUACCACAACUUGGAAACAAUUGCAGAGCUUAGCUUUCCACAAUCUGACAGUGACACAGAUGUCUUUUUCCCCAAAUGAUAAAUUCUUGCUAGCAGUUUCAAGAGAUAGGAAUUGGUCACUUUGGAAAUCUAAUCAUAUCACUCCAACAGAAUCAGAACCAGCUUUCAGCCUCUUUGCAGCCACAGAAAAGAACAUUGCUGUGCAUAGUCGUAUCAUUUGGACCUGUGAUUGGACUCCGGAUAGCAAUUAUUUUAUUACUGGAAGCAGAGACAAAAAGGCCGUGAUCUGGGGUAAAUGUUUAGCAGAGGAGAAUAAAGAUAAGGAUUUGGGCCUGAUCCAGCCUUGUUCACCAGUCCUGGAUGUUGGUGAUUCAGUGACUGCAAUUAGUGCUAGUCAUACACUUGCUUCUGAUGGAAGCUUCAUAAUUGCCAUUGGGACAGAAUGUGGGAAGAUUCAUUUGUACAAAUGGAAGCCAGGCAAUAAAAAGUUCCCAUUUUCCGAUUGGUGCAAGUGCGUUGAGACAGAUUACAGCCAAAGCCAUACUCUUGCUGUCAAACGACUGCAGUGGAGAAAGCGUGUGGGCAGAGCGGGACAGGACACAGCCGAGAGCAGCAAGUGGCUACAGCUGGUGAGCUGCGGGGCAGAUCACUGUGUGAAGAUCUUCAAUAUCAAUCGGCACAGCCUUUAAAUGAUGACUUUGAGGCAGACAUACUCCACUUGCCUAUCAGCCAUUUCCUGAACUGGUUUUCUUAAAAGAAGCAAAAAUUGGACGUCCAGCUCUUAGAGCAAUGCAAUCUGACACAAGUAUAAACUGGACAUACAUUGAAGCAGUUUGAAAAAUAAUAUAUGGGUCAUAGAAGGUUCCUCUGAGCUGAAUCCACUGUAAUCCUCAGACACCUAAAACAGAUAUCAAACUGGAGAAAGAGAAUGCUGUUUCUUGCUUCCUUCUCAUUUGUAAAAACAGAGUUUAUAUUUCCGCUUAAACUCACAGGCUGUUUUCACAAUAGGGACUCCCAUUUUGAAGCCCAUUUUUGUGUCUUCCAAAGUGGUUGAUGGGUAGUUGCACUAAAACCCUUGUUUUUGCAGCAUGCAGACUAGGGAAAUUUGGGGGGGGGUGGUUAGGGAAAAUUGCAGAGUGGAGGAACAUUUGCAACAUUUAGAAGGGAGAAAAAGCAGAAAUCAGAAAUAAUCCACACAUGUAAGAAAGAGCAAGCAGUAUGACACUGCACAGAGGUGCCCACGGAUGAAGAUCCUUGGUUGCUGCUAUUGGUGGUGGUGCUGGUGGUACAAAUUUUUGAUACUGUAAAUGUCCUUAAAGAUUGAGCAGUCGGGAAAAGGAAGAGAGAAAGAAGAACAUAUGAGGUAAUAAUAGGAACAAAGAAGAGACCAGAGGGUCGGCCUGACUGGAACUGGUAUGGCAGGAACAUGGGUUGAAAGAAGAAGCAAGCACUGCAGAAGACCCUAUGGCGGUGAUUCCUGUGCUGGCCAUCCUGGCUGCUGUGAAGGACAGGCUGAGAAGGGCAACAUGAGGAAAGUUGCAACUCUCUGUAGAAGAGGAGGGAAGGGCAGGAAUAAGCUCUUCCUUUAAAUCAGAAUAUGGGUCCUCCUUCAUCAAAGGGCCAUGGUGGGACUAGGGUACUGAAGAGGGAAAUCUUGAGAGUGUACAUUGGCUAAAGAGAUAGGGGGAUGUUAGAUUAAUAUAAUAGCAACUGGUUAACACAAGGGGGAUAUUGAAUGGAAGCUCCCAGUAUGGGAGUUCUGGGAAGCCUCAAGAGUAUGUGGAUGCUGAGGAGCAAAUUCCCACAGUGCCAGUUAAAAGGAGAUAAGAUUGGGGGGGGGGGAUCCUGGUUGUUCCAGGAGGGAAAUCUGCAGUCUUUGCUUCUAGCUCAUCUGUAUCAGUCUAGCUCAUAGUAUUAUGGCCAAAGCCUGGCUCACUUAAAAUAAUCAUAUCACUCUGGAGAUACAACAUUGUUUUAUUGAAGAUGAAUGUAUGUUUUUAAUAGAAAUUUUUAUUAAACUAUUAAACUAGUAUAGUGAUAAAAAGCUUAUACAAACUAAAACAAGAAAGAAGAAAGUAGAAUAUAUGUGUGUGUAUGUAUGUAUAUGUGUGUGUGUGUGUGUGUGUGUACACACACACACACAUAUACAUAAUUGCAUCUGCAACAAUUUGAUACCAAAAUCACUCUGGAGAAAACCUCCAAUUGAUACAUGGGAGGCCCGCACGGUAGUCCGGCAGUUCCAAAGACUGAUGAUGCACGCCAUGAUCAACGAACAGACAGAUUGAUACCCAAACCACGAUAAUAAAAAAACACCAUGAGCAUUGUGGAACCACUCUGUCAUGUGAACAUCUUGGCAUCCUUAGUUCACAAAUACACUGCGGUACAAAGAGCACACCAGAGCAAAAGUGAUGUGUUAAAAUGUAAAAUGGAGACUCUAGCAAUUGCAGAUAAGUGAACGAGCGAUAAGACAUUGGUGCAUAAUUUAUCAUCCAAAACACUCACCGAGGGACAGGUUUCAGUUCUGCAAUGGGAUGCUGGCUUUAACUCAAUGGAUGCUAAACCCAUUGACUUUGCGGCAGCCCUGGAAUCAGUAAUUUUCAGAAUUGAAACCAAUGAGGACACAAAGAACUCCAUCAGGCAGUGCCUAACAGGACUCCUUAUUAACCAGAGACAAAGUUACACCUUCUUAAGAUCAGAAAAGAUGGCCCUCCAAAAAUUACGAAGGGACAGCUCAAUCAUGAUCUUGCUGGCCAACAAAGGUAGAGCCACUGUGGUUAUGGACAGACUGGAUAUAACCAGAAAAUCCAGACCUUACUCAGUGAUGAGAACUCCUACCAGGUUGUUAAUAAAGCUUCUAUGACAACACUUAGGAAUCAAAUCAAUAAGGUGACCGAUAGACUUAACAGGCAGGGGAAGAUUCAUGAGGACUUAAAAAUGAUCCGUCCCAGGGACUCAGUCACAGCACGCGUUUAUGGGUUACCCAAAAUUCAUAAAAUGGGUCCCACUGCAGCCUAUUGUAUCAUUCAGAGGCACCCCAACAUUUGGGUUAGCAAAGUGGCUGAAUAUACAACUCCAAUAUCUGGUUGAAGACACCUCUACCACGAUAAAAUCGGCUGAAGACUUUUUACAAAGGUUAAAAAUGCUGACAGUGGAAGAUGAUGAGAUCAUGGUGUCUUUUGAUGUGAUAUCGCUAUUUACAUCUAUCCCCCAAGAAGUGGCUGUGUCAGUUAUGAGUUGCUGCAGGAUGAGGAAACACCGCUCCCUGGUUCACCAAACUCAGAAGAUUAUAUACAACUCCUCAACUUUUGCCUGAGAACUUAUUUUACAUUUAGCGGUUCCACAUAUGAACAGAUCAAGGGUACACCAAUGGGAUCUUAUGAGUGUAUUUAGGCUUAUACAUAAUAACGGUUGCCCUGACCUAGUCGGCUGGCAGAAUGACAAUGGUGCUGUCAUUUCGCAGUUCCUCUAAGGCUUCCUUCUCCGUUGCGAACAGGACAUAGCACUGUCUAUGGCCCAUGAGCAGACCUGUGACACGUCUAAUAGAAUUCUUGGUCUCUCGUCACUGGUUUCAAUCCGCUGGAUUAUUGGUUCCAGGGACGUGACAAAGUCAAUAGAUUGAGCAUACAUCAAGUUAUGACCUGUGUCUCGCUGCAGUAGUCCAGUCUGUCCAUAGAUCAGUGUUCUUGACAAGUUGUGGACCAGUUUGCUAGUGUAGCCGCGACUGACGCUCUCAGGAUCUCCAUUUUGUGUCGGAGUACCUGAAUACACUUGUAAGGCUAAUGCCUUGCUUGAUGAUGUCAGUGCUUACCAUUUCAUCACAAAAGACCCAAUGACCACUCUUAACCAACUCAACAACUAGCAGAGAAAUUCAAAAGACAGGGCAAAAUCAGCAAUGAUGUCCUGAAGACAAUAUGCGCCAAGGACUCGGCUAUAGCCAGAUUUUACGGGCUACCUAAAAUCCACAAAGAAGGAAUCCCCUUGCGACCGAUCGUGUCAUUUAGGUGCACACCAACCUUGGGCUUGGCUACAUGGCUAAGUGGGCGGAUUGGAUAUCUGGUGGAGAACAGCGAGACCACGGUGAAGUCAUCAGAGGAGUUUCUAGGAAGGAUAAAAUCAUUAAGGGUGGAGGAAGACGAGGUCAUGGUGUCUUUUGAUGUAAUGUCAUUCUUCACCUUCAUCCUGCAAGAUCUAGCUAUCGCAGUAAUAAGGAGCUGCUUACAACAAGAGGAAGAGUGACACCAUGACCCAUUCUGCACCGAGGACCUCAUCCAAUUCAUGAGCUUGUGCCUGAGAACAUAUUUUACGUUCCAGGGUACCAUAUACAAGCAGGUGAAAGAGACGUCGAUGGGAUCCCCGAUUUCGGGAAUUAUCGCAGAGGCAGUCCUGCAACAAGAGUCCAAAGUGAUGUCCAAGUAUCGGCCCAAAUUUUGGGCAAGAUACAUGGAUGACACUUUUGUUGUCAUCAAACAGCAAAAUAGUGCCAGGUUCAUGAACAAAUUAAAUUCGGUCUACCCAGAUAUUUGGUUUAUGGCAGAGGAGGAGACCAAUGGCACUCUUGUGUUUCUAGAGUGCUGGUCAGCCGCCAGUCCAAUGGCACCCUCCAUAUGACGGUCCACCGAAAAGUAACACACACGGACAGAAUCCUGCAUUAUAGGAGCAAUCGUCCCAUGUCACAUAAGAUUGGAUUCAUCAGAACCACUCACUGCAACACAGACAGUGCAGUGCAAAAAUUGAGGAGAAGAACCACCUCUAUCGUGUUUGCAGAUCGUGUUUUCAUCAGGCAGUACAGCAGACAGCACGAGCCUUGCAAAAUACAGGCACGCCUAUGGCAUGGAUAACACUGCCUUACAUCAAUGGGGUGCCAGAGGCGAUGGCUCGGUACAACAUCAGCAUAGCCCACAAACCAAACCUAUCCCUAUGUACCAAAAUAACGCACCUCAAAGGAACAGUUACUCAAUGAGGAAAGAUUGUCAGUGGUAUAUAGAGUUAAAUGUAAUGACUGCCACUGUAAUUACAUUGGGGAGAUGACCAAAUGACUCAAAACUAGGAUUCAUGAGCACAAACUGGCCAUUAGACGACACGAGCAAUGCUCACAGGUGUGGAUCCAUAUGGCCAGCAACAACCAUUUGUUUGAUCUUGUGGGGGACGGAGGCCAUUGCCCAGGACACCUCCAAAUGUGGCCGAUUACUGAGGGAGGCUUGGCUGUCAGAUGAGCACUCAAUUAACCGCCACAUAGACUUACUGCCUGCUGAUCAGACACUAAGGAAGUGUGAACAACACAGGAACUCACAAUGAGUGCAAAGAGCACCGCCCCCACAAAAUCAGAACGGCCGGCUCACGCAACGGCAAGGAAUUACAACCAGUGAAGGAGAGAAACCUUCAGCACAGUCCGCGCAGGAAUCAAGAAUGGGGAGCAUGACACCACAUCUACACAUACAGCAGGGAAGGAUGGCUAUAAGACAAGAGGAACCAGAGGAUGACUUGACAACAGCAUAUAUCUGGACACGGCUAAAGCAGGCAGGAGCGGUAAUGAAAGAGGUGAAGAUGUCUGAAUCCAAAAACAUGCAGACGGAGGCGAAGCAAUUAGAAGCAAUAUGGUCGACCAGAGCCGGCAGACCAGUGACGUGCUCAAUGAGCAGAGCACUGAAACAGCCGGCUUUAUAAGCAGACUUUCAAACCCUGGUGUUUUACUCUGAUGACGGCAGUGGACCGACGAAAACUCAGCUUAUUCAACAGUUGUUUUUACAUUUAUCCUGGAGCACGUGCAUGCGAGAGCGCAUGCGCGCACACACACACACAGAGAGAAAAGAAAUGUUAAAGAAAUGACUUCUCCCUUCAUAGUUUUCUUUAAAAAAGCAGCCAUUUGAUUCCCAGGGGCCUGGAAGAAAGAAUUCAGUUGUUCUGAGAUUUCUUUUCCUAAGGUAGAUGGCACUUUGUAAAUGCUUAAUUCUUACUUUUAAAAAAAUUGCCUGCAUUCAUCACCAGCGUUAGUUAUGGAUGGUGUCUGAUUGUAGACUGCCUUAGGAUGCCAAGUAUCUCAGUUUUGUCUCCAUCAUGGAAGAAAGCAGCUAGUAAUGUCUUUCUUGCCAACACUUCACUGCAUGAUUCUGGAGUCAGAGAGGAUUUAGCUACCUUUCUAUUACACUUUGUCACUUGUCCUUCUUUAGAAAAAUGAGCCUAGUCUGUGUCUCAUUGGAAAGCCAUGUUGAAAUGUGUUGAAAGGGUAUCUAAUUUGAUGUCAAUGCAGUGUAGAAUAAGUACUGCUGUAGAAAUUCAGUCUAAAUUAACUUUUAUUUAGACUGCAGAAAACAUGGCUCUUUGCUGGGCAUUUUCUGCAUAGAGCUGAAAAUUUGAUCAGCUUCAGUACUUUUCCUUGGCCUAGCUGUUUCAGUAUUAUUUCCAUAGCAAGCAAAGAUACGUUUAAGAAUGUUCUCAUAUCAGGCCAGAGGGAUAAACUACUCACUGAUAUAUUUUUAUUUUUUUCCUGUUCAAACCCCAGGAUCUCUAGUUAAAUCUUUUCAUGCAGAGACCCUGGAGGCUCACAGACAAUCAAAUAGAUAGCAACUUGCCAGAAUUAUUAAGGUGUUAUUCUGUGCCAGGUUCCUUUAUUAAACUGAUUAUAAAACAACAGUCUCAAUUUUUAUUGUGCUUCAAAAAGGAAUAGAAGCAGGAGUGGAAUAUCAUAGCCAAUAUGUCAGACAAUUAAUAUGUUUCAAGGUCUUUGAUUUUUGUGCAGUACUAUUUUACAAAUUAUUGACUUGUUCAAUUUGUAUUUAGGAUCAGUAUUCCUAUUUAUUCAGUCUUUCUAGUUUCCAGCUAUAAUAUGUGAUUAAACAAAUGGCUCUUUCCAGUUCAGGACUUGCAAGUGAUAUCUAUUAAAACCAUAAAAUGCUGAAGGAGAUUGAAUAAUAUAUAGUGUUUAAGUCAGUACUAGGAAAAAUGAUCAGUUGUCUUUUCCAAGAAUCAAUUCUGUUGUAAACAUGUACAGGAGCAUUUUGUAGUCUAUAUAUAAUUUAAGAGUUUAUUUGUGUAUAAUUUGACUUUGCUUUUUUUUCCAGAAAUUGGCUUGAUUCUCAACUAGACACUAGAGCUCAGAUUAAACCUUUCCCAAUAAUGACUUAAUAUUGCAUUAACUGAACAAAGCCAUGUCCAUCUCCAAAUCCCCUGCUAAUUGUUGCCGACUGUAGGGGGUGGUGCUCAUCUCUGUUUCUUUCUUGUUCAAAGUGGUGAUCUAAACAUGAAUAGUGUUUAUAUCAAGUUCAUAACUUGGUGAGAUUAAGAGUUUCUUAUAUGAAGUAGUCAUAGAACAAAUCAUUUUAAAAAGCUACGUGCAAGGAAGCAGCAACAAUCUAUUUAUGAAAUGGAGAUGGAUAUUGAAGCAUCGCCUGCAAGAAGUUUUGAAAGGAAGCAUUUUUAGAGUCUUCACUGAUGUCACAACUAACGUCUGAAAUCCUAUAUGAGCCUUCUUUAAAUAGAUCUUUCUUUCAUCUUAUAUUGGAAAAUUGAAAUGUUGAAUACGUAGCAGUGAAUGUUAUUAGAACUUCAUGUGAAUCUUACUGAUAUAUAAAGGAAAUGUGACUGAACAAGUAA